UUUACACCGUCAGGCGGGCAGUCGCCAUUACAGGAGCGCUUACGGUUGUUUGCUCCUUCACGGGAGCGGGGGGAAUCCUACAGCGAGCAGUGACGCGAGUCCCCUGAGGGGCCGGGCUCCUAUUAACCGGGUCCAUCCCGCUCCCUGGGGCCCUCUGCUCCCGGACCCUGCACGUCCUGAGGGGCUGCUGCUUCAGCCAAGGCCUUCCUCCCCUCCUGAUACGACGACUGUAGUGAGGCCUGCUGCUAUCGAGUUCACUGCUGUGUAGCGGGGCCCGCAGCGCCCGGUCUCGCCUCCCGUCAGUGGGGCCCCGCGCUCCCCGCUCUCCCCCGGAAUCUUCCCGUCAGCCUUCCUUACUACUUUUCUUUUCUUUCCUGGUUGGAUAUCAAGAUGUCGCCAUGAAUACCGCUCUCCGUUACCCGCAGCGUCUCAACGCCAUGCUCCUGGCUCCAAGCCGGCCCCUGCACGGUGCUUCCCCCGCCCUCCCUGCGGUCUAUGCCGCUGAGCCCGGCCUCAGACAUGGAGCCCGGAUCCAACAACACCAGCAAAACCCAGAACCGUUCGGGCUCUACUGGGCCUUCCGGGGACUCUAAGCCCAAGAAUGAUGGAAAAAAUGGCAGUAGCUCAAAGCAGCGAUAUAGCCGCAAACGUGAGAAUUCUUGCCCCAAAACUGAGAGCUUUGCCAGUCAGACCCGCCGCCCCGGUCCACAGAAAAGCAAGACUUUUAACAAGGUUCCCCCUCAGAGAGGAGGGCCCAAACAAUAUGCAUAUGGAAGAAGAGAAGAGGUAGCAGAAUCUCAACGGGCAGAGUUUAGCCCAGCACAGUAUUCAGGACCUAAGAAGAUAAGCUUGAACCACUUGUUAAACUUUACCUAUGAGCCACGUGGUCAUCCUGGAGCUCAUAGAGAUGGACACGGAAAUUGGGGCAGAAGGAACAAAUGGGGCCACAAACCAUUUAACAAGGAGCUCUUUUUGCAAGCCAACUGCCAGUUUGUGGUGCUGGAGGAUCAAGAUUACAGUGUACACUUCACUGAUCCAGACACUCUUGUCAGCUGGGAUCUGGUGGAGCAAGUGCGAAUCUCCUGUCAUGAAGUGCCAUCCUGUCCUAUUUGCCUGUAUCCUCCUAUUGCUGCAAAGAUCACUCGAUGUGGACAUAUUUACUGCUGGGCUUGUAUAUUACACUACCUGUCGCUGAGUGAGAAGGACUGGAGUAGAUGUCCAAUAUGUUACAGCUCCGUUAUAAAAAAAGACCUGAAAAGCGUUGUUGCCACAGAGCGAAAACUUUAUGGUCUUGGUGACACCAUCACAAUGCAGCUGAUGCGGAGAGAGAAGGGUGUACUGGUGGCGAUGCCUAAAUCGAAGUGGAUGAAACUGGAGGAGCCGAUUCAUCUAGGAGAUGAGGAGCAUUCCUUGUUUUCCAAGCUGCUUUUGGCAUCAAGAGACCAGAUACUCAACAAAGUGAUUUCAGAAGAGAAAGCUGCACUGCUAGAGCAGUACAGUAUUGAGGGUGAAACCCCAGAAGCCUGUUUUAUAGAAGCUGCCAUUCAGGAGUUGAAAGAUCGUCAGGAUAGUCUUCCGGCACCCAAUCAUAAAGUUGAAGCUAUUGCAGUUUCUAUGGAGACUUUGAAGUUGGAGACAAAGCUUGAAGAGAGAAAUCCAGACUUGGAUAGUAAGGUGGUGCACUACCUCUCCGCUUUUGAUGAGGAGACAAUUGAGCCACUGGAUGAGGACCUUGGUGCGGCACUUGAGUCUGCUGAAGAUUGUGAUUUAGCCCCUGCAGAUGAUUCAACCAUUACUUCAGACAGUCAUCAGGAAGAAGUCCCUUCAGAAUCUGGACAGCUUGGGAACCCGCAUUACUACUAUUUUUACCAAGCUGUGGAUGGACAGCAUGUGUAUCUCCACCCUGUCAAUGUACGAUGCCUGGUUCAUGAAUAUGGCAGUCUUGAACGAUGUCCAGAAACUAUUACAGCUACAGUGGUUGAAAUUGAUGGCUUCACAGUGACUGAGGACGUGCGUAGGCGUCACCGUUACCUGUGCCAUCUGCCACUUACCUGUGAAUUCAGUAUUUGUGAGAUGUCCCUGGGACCCCCAGCUAUUUCACAGGAAACGCUAGCAUACUUCUCUGAUGAAGUGGAGAAGAGAAAAAGACAACGUCAGCGGAAAGCUCGAGAUGAGCGACGCAGGGAGAAAAGGAUUGAGAUCGAAGAGAACCGAAAACAGGGAAAAUAUCCUGAAGUGCAUAUUGCACUAGAAAAUUGGCACCAGUUCCCGGCAGUCAGUUCUACAACAGAAGCCACAGUGCCUGGUUCACUGUCUUUGCUGCCCACAGUUGAGCCUCCGAGUUCUUUAACACCCUCUUCACUGAGCUGCAGCCCAGCCUCUCAAACCAGCUCUAUUUUUGGUCAAUGUGCAGAUAGCCCAACCGACUUCCAUGGAAACUUUGAAGAUGAUGUCAAGUGUCCUUCCUUUGCACAGAUGUUAAGGGUUGGCAAGGCAAAGUCUGAGUUGUGGCCGAAGCCUGCAGUAAAGAAAGAAAACCCAGUUAUGAGCACAGCACCUGCAGACAGCGAUGGGGAGAGUGACUGUUCUGAGCGAGUUCCAGUACCAAGCUUCCAGAACUCAUUCAGUGAAGCCAUGGAGGCAGCCUUUCUAAAGCUAGACACUGCACUUCCAACUCCACCAGCACCUGCUGAAAAAGGAGGAAAGAGAAAGAAGAAGCAACAGAAACUUCUAUUCAGUACUUCUAUGGUUCACACAAAAUGAGCAGAACGCGUCUCAUGGGCUCAAUCUAUCUUCCCUUCAUCUUUGCGCACAUUGCUUGGUGUAACAUUUAAACUUUUUGCAGUAUUUAUGGUUGAAAACUUAAAAUUUUCUUAAUUUUGUCAUCUCUGCAAAGUGGGCUUUUUUAUUUUAUUUUUUCCUCCCAAUAGUUCACCUGGUCUGGGCCAAUUCUGCCUACACAGUACUAAUGAUAAAUUCA